UGCUUUGUUCUUGGCCUGAUCUUGUAGCCUGCUGAAGCAGAGCAGGUUAGCAAGUGCCACUUAGAUGUUUCCUUCUUCUCAGCUAUGGGUGUUGCUUGGAGACACUUUAUCACUACAGAGUGGUAUCAACAUGGACACAAAGCAGAGCUGGUCAGUUCUGUUUUUUGAUCCUUCCCCAGGAGCUAUGUGAUCUUGGAAUCCAACAAGCUGUACAUGGAAGAAACUCCAUGCAAUAACGAACCAAAAGCAGUGGUUGUUGUGCCCAGUAGUAAUGAAAGCAAAACCAAGAGCAAAAGGUAGCUAGGAAACAGUGCUGCUUGGCUCUUUUCUUCAUAGGUCACAGGGCCUCUGCACAGGUUUUGUAUAUGCAUGUGGAUAGCUGUGGUAGAGAAUAGUGUUUGUGACACUCUGUUGCUAUUGCUGACAAUUCUGAGACUUUAGAUCUGUGGACAACCUGCAUGUCAGGUGCUAAUUUUCCUCCUUUUCUAUAAUAGAUAGUGGUUUAAAAACAGGCAAUUAGUUCUCUCCACCCAUGUUUCCAGCAGAAGAGUCAAGGCCUGGUUUCAGAGCCUGAAGGGAUGUGUCUAAUCUAAGCCUCUGUUUACCAAACCAAGAUGUUUCUAUGUCUUAAGGCUAGACAUAUAGGAUUAAAAGGACAUAGAUAAUGCUUGCUGAAGUCUUAAAAUCUGGACUGGCAAAUGAGUAGGAUAUCCAACAUGUGUUGAGCAGUAUAACCUUUUCAUGUGGUAUAGCAGUAUUCUCCUUCCCAUGACUACCAGGAACAGAUGCAGCAAUGAUACAGAAUGUAAAUGUAUUUCAGUUGGGUUUCCCCCACUCCUGCUGCUGCAGGGAAUUUUCCUUGUUGCAGUGGUCAGUUCCAUGCCAGUCUCAAGAAGACUUUAUGGUGAAGUCAGCUCCCCCAACUACCCUAAACCGUACCCAAACAACAACAUCACUACCUGGGACAUUUCAGUGCCAAAAGGCUACAGAGUGAAGUUGAAUUUCUGGCAUUUUGAUUUGGAGCCAUCCGAAGCCUGCCAUUAUGAUUAUGUCAAGAUCAAAGCAGACAAAAAAGACCUGGGCCGUUACUGUGGCCAGGUGGACUCAGCCAUUGGCAACCACCCCAAAGGAAGAGAGUUUUUGUCCAUGGGGAACACGAUGCAGCUGUUGUUUCAUUCUGACUUCUCCAAUGAGGAAAAUGGCAUCUCUGUCUCCUACAAGGGAUUCCAAGCCUACUAUCAAGCUGUGGAUUUGGAUGAGUGUACCCAUGGAAAUGCCAAUGAAGAUGGACCUCGGUGCCAGCACUUCUGCCACAACUAUAUUGGUGGCUACUUCUGCUCCUGCCAGCCUGGCUACCGACUUCAGAGUGAUCGGCAUUCCUGUCGAGUGGACUGCAGCAAUGUGAUGUUCACGGAGCUCUCUGGGUAUCUGUCAAGCCCUGGAUAUCCUCAGCCAUACCCAGCUGAUCUGCAGUGCAACUACAGCAUACGAGUGGAAAAAGGGCUGACCAUCACCCUCAAGGUUCUGGAGCCUUUUGAAAUCGAUGACCACCAGCAAGUCCAUUGCCCUUACGACCAGCUUAAGAUCCAAGUUGGGGGAAAAGUGAUCCAUGAGUUCUGUGGCACAGUGUCUCCGGGGGCCAUCGAAACCAACAGCCCUUCUGUAGAUGUCCUUUUCCUUACAGACGAGUCGGGAGUCAGCCGUGGGUGGAAGAUCCAGUACAGCACAGAAAGAAUCCGUUGCCCACAGCCUGUGCCAAAUGAUGAGUUCACUAUCAUCAGAGAACUACAGCCCGUGUAUCGAUUCCAAGACUACUUCAUUGUCAGCUGCAGGACUGGAUAUAACCUGGUGGAGGGUCAUGAGCGUUUGCCAUCCUUCACCGCUGUGUGCCAAGAUGAUGGGACCUGGCACCGCCAGAUGCCCCACUGUGAAAUUGUCAACUGUGGUGAGCCUGCAAAACUGCUGAACGGGGCCUUUGAUUAUGUGAGCCAACCAAAAAAUAACAACUACCAGUCCACUAUCAGGUACCGCUGCAAUGAACCCUACUACCACAUGGUGCCCAGGAUGGGGACAGAUACUUAUAGCUGCUCCUCUGAGGGUUCCUGGAAGGAUCAAAGGGACCAAGAAGACAUCCCACUGUGCCUACCAGUGUGUGGAAUGCCAGACAAUCCUGUCUCCCAGAUCCAGCGGAUUAUUGGUGGCAGUGAUGCCAAGCCUGGCAGCUUCCCAUGGCAAGCAAUGACUGUCAUGACUGGAGAUGCAUUGCGUGCUGGAGGGGCAUUGCUGAGCGACCGCUGGAUUCUCACAGCUGCCCACACCAUUCUUCCGAAAGGGCAAGAAAAACCUGACAAUAGAUCUCAGGCUUUUCUCAAACAAAUGGCCGAGAAGGCUGAAAUCUUUAUGGGCCACACAGUGGUGACUGAACUCUACAAGCUGGGCAAUCGGCCUGUGCGCAGGUUGUUUAUACAUCCAGACUAUGUGCAAGGAGAGGAUCACAACUUCGAUGGAGACAUUGCACUUAUUGAGCUGCGGGAUCCAGUGACCCUUGGCCCUGAUGUGUUGCCUGUCUGUCUCCCAAGUUCAGGGAAUGACUCAUAUUAUGUUCCAGGAUGGAUGGGUUAUGCCAGCGGCUUUGGAGUGGAGAAGAACAUCCUUGCUAACAAGCUGAAAUAUGCACCAAUCCCAGUGGCUGACCGUGAGCUCUGUGAGGGGUGGUUGCGGGGAAAGCAGAUUAACAAGCAGGACCCAGCCUUCACAAUCAACAUGUUCUGUGCAGGUUCCCCUAAGGAAGGAAAAGACACCUGCCAAGGUGACAGUGGAGGAGCCUUGACUGUGCGUGAUCCCGAGACUGAACGUUGGGUGGCCACAGGCAUUGUAUCUUGGGGCAUUGGUUGUGGCAAAGGGUAUGGCUUUUACACUAAAGUAAUGAACUACCUAGAUUGGAUCAAGGGCAUCGUGGGGAAUGACUGGCUCUCAAUGCAGGUGCCUUAUUGACAUACUGAAGGGAGUGUAAGCAAAAUUAGGGCCUGAAGAUCGAAAGCUACUGCUCAUUUUUUUGAAAGAACAUGCAACUUUAAUGUUCUUUUCCUUUUUAAUUCCCAGUUCCCACAAGGAGGAUAGUCUCUCAGAACAAACAAGUAGAGCCUUAACUUGCAGACCUACCUAUCAAUGCCCCCUUUAUCAAUCCAUCAGUCACUCAGAAAGCCUUGGCCGAUAAGCCAAUUAAAUCAAAAAUAGUUUGAACUCCCACUGAUUCUAUAAACUCAAAAACAUUUCUGUACUAUUUGUUUGUACCAAUGGACAAAUAAAAAAGUUAUAGCCCUAUAGCAGUUCUGGAUGAGGCUGUUACUGUGCAAUGUUAUUGCCUCUUUCAUUUAAUUUUAUGGGAGGUCCAGACAAUGCUUUCUUCAAUUUGUAGCCCCCCCCUCCUACUGUUUCUCCCAUGUUUUCUUACCAGGGGAAAAAAACAUUCAGGAAGGGAAGGUAGUUUAACUGGGGCUUUUGAGCAUGUUUGAUUAACAUUUGAUAGGGUGUCCGAGAACUAGAUCAAAUUACUUUACAGGCUAGAUUUGGUGUUCAGGUCAUUAGUGGACCAUUGCUGAUUUGAGGAUAUGUAAGAGUUCACACCGGCACAUAGUUAUCACUGGCUGACUGCAGCAUCCAGUCCUAUAUGAUUUAAUGGUACCAUCCAAGAUCUAACAAUGCAAAUGAAGCUUUCCUAUCAAGAUGGUUUUUGAUGGUGGCUGGUCACGAAGCAUAAUACUUGCAGUAAUCAAGUGCACAGAAAUCACGUGGUACCCAUGGAUAUGAAAAUUAGACUUAACCCUAAUUGGACCUUUCCUUUUCAUUUCUCCUAUGCACUUUUUGAUUAUCACAAUUUACCAACAGUAUUAUAUUACUAGCUUUAUUCUCUCUGAUACUUUCCUAACUCAGCUUCUCAGCUAGGUACAGUAUGUUAGUGUAAUGCUAUUAGACAAACAUAUUAUAGCUUUCAAAAAUGCCCCACUAUUACCUGGGAGUUUCUUUGCUCCUUUUUAAAUGGCCACCAGGGAAUGUUUGGUACAGCUGUAACACCCCCUGCUCCACAGUGACAUUCUGCAAGUAUUAAAAAUCACUGCUACAGAAA